UUGCGACAUCCGGAGACGACACACGUCUGUUGUGAAGUCAAGGGAAGACGAAGUAAGGGCACAGCGGAUGAAACGCCUCUUCUAGUUUCAUCAAGUGCCUGUAUCCAUCUGACAUGGCCAACCCUCUCAGGGGUGAGGUGAUCAGGCUGUACAAAAACUUGCUGUAUCUCGGGCGUGAGUACCCGAAGGGAUCCGCCUAUUUCAGGGAGCGUCUGAAAUCGGCUUUCAUGAAGAACAAGGACGAGACAGAUCCCGAGAAGAUCAGGAAGCUGGUGGACCGCGGCGAGUUCGUCAUCAAGGAGCUGGAGGCGCUCUAUUUCCUCAGGAAAUACCGAGCCAUGAAGAAGCGCUAUUAUGAGCCAGAAAAAUAAUUAAGCACAUGGACAGCUCCAUAUUGUUCUUCCGAGGUGAGAUGCUGCCUGUAGCAAGAGUUCUGGGACAGUGAGCUCAAGUCUCACAAUCACGGCUUCAGCGUUAUUUAACAUUUACAGCAGUGGACAUGAGGCGGUCUUUUUUCUGAUCAGUGGGAAACACAUUUCAAUGCAUGAGACAACAGCAGAGUGUCACCUUUAUUUCACUCUCCCAACACUUUGGCUACUUGCCGUUGGAAAAUUCAAUACAAUUCAAUACAAUAUAUCCUUGCCAGACAAAGAAAAUGUAAGAUCCAUUUGCAAGGAGUGCCAAAAGGGACGACUUUUUGAUAGCUGUUACUACAAAAUGCACUAUUUUGAAUGAACUGUACCUUAGGUUUAUUGUUUAUAUCAUAAAUGUUAUGGUAGCAUUAUUGUUUUUUCUUCAGAAAAGUUGUUUGGCCCAAUGGGAAAUGUACACAGUGAUACUAAUACUAUGAAACGCUGAAUGUAUUCUUCACAUUGUCAGUGUAUAUAUUUGUACAUACAUGGUCAAAUGUCUUGGAGGACUUUGAGCAUCAUGCAGUUGUGAAGUGUCAGAUGGAGAACGGCAAUCAGUUUCACACGACUGUGUAUAUAAAGUAGCGUUGUCCUGUGUUGUAAUAAAUUAUUAAAAAUGCCA